GGGAGGGGCGGCCGCGGCGGCGGGUUGGGUUCUCGCCGCCGGCUGUGCUGGGGCUUGCUCGCGUGGGCUGCGCGGCGGGCCCGCAGUGGCCGCGGCGGCAUGAAGGGCGCCCUGGGCAGUCCCGUGGCUGCCGCCGCCGCAGGCGCUGCGAUGCAGGAGAGUUUCGGCUGCGCCGUGGCCAACCGCUUCCAUCAGCUGCUGGACAACGAGUCGGACCCGUUCGACAUCCUUCGCGAGGCCGAGCGUCGGCGCCAGCAGCAGCUCCAGCGCAAGCGGCGCGAUGAGGCAGCGGCGGCCGGAGCCGGCAGUCGAGGUGGUAGGAGCCCGGCCGGGGCCUCGAGCCACAGACCCGGCGCGGGCGGCGGCCGGAGGGAAUCCCAGAAGGAGCGCAAGAGCCUCCCCGCCUCCGGCGCGUCUCAGCCGGACAGCCCCGGGGGCGGCCCGCAACCGCCCGGCCAGAAGCGGACUCCAAGGAGAGGGGAGCAGCAAGGAUGGAGUGAUAGCCGGGGCACGGAGGUGACACUUGAGAGAGCAGAGCGGAGACCCUACAGGGAAAGUCGACCCUAUGAAACUGAGAGGCAGGCCGACUUUACACCUGAGAAAUUCACAGAUGAAAAACCAGUGGACAGGUUUGACCGAGAAAGACCACUGCGAGGCCGCGGAGGCCUGAGAGGGGGCCUGCGAAGCAGAGGCAGAGGUGGUCCCGGGAGCAGAGCUUUCGACAGUUUUAACCAGAGAGGGAAACGAGAAUUUGAGAGAUACGGUGGGAAUGAUAAAAUAGUAAUCAGAGCUGAAGACAACUUGGGCGGAUGUGGAGUUCGCACCUGGGGGUCAGGUAAAAAUACCAGUGCCAUGGAGCAGAUAGUGCCGAUGGAGGAGACCACAGCCGUGGAUGAGUCCCCGGGCCCCCUGGACGAGGAGUCUCCAGCCAAAGCUCCUGAGUUGGAGGUAGAAGAAGAAGCUCAAGUUCAAGAGAUGACCCUAGAUGAGUGGAAAAAUCUUCAGGAACAGACCAGACCAAAGCCUGAGUUUAACAUCCGGAAACCGGAAUCCACUGUCCCUUCCAAAGCAGUGGUGAUACACAAGUCCAAAUACAGAGAUGAUGUGGUAAGGGAUGACUGUGAGGAUGAUGCCCACGUCUUCCGGAAAGCGGCCAAUGACAUCACAUCCCAGCUGGACAUUAAUUUUGGUGACCUCCCUCGUCCUGGGCGUGGAGCCCGAGGUGGCACACGGGGAGGCCGGGGAAGGACCAGAAGGGCAGAGAACUAUGGGCCCAGAGCAGAAGUGGUGACACAAGACAUUGCUCCAAACCCGGAUGACCCCGAAGACUUCCCUGCUCUGGCCUGAGAAAGCCCUGCAUCCCUGGCAGCUGACAGCAGCAUGGACCUACCUAUGAAGAGACUUUUCUUGCUGUGGGGAAGAGAAUCAGACUCUAAGAACAAUAGAUGUUGCUUUUUCCCGUGUAGCAUGAAUUGGUUGCACUUUUUUGGCCUGGGGGUAUGGACAGAGAUUUCCCCAGAUACAGAGCAGCAGUUCCGGUCAGGGCCUUAGCCUGGCACUUUCCCAAGAAGAUGGGGAAUGGUGAUUAUUUUUUUAUUUCAGGAAUUCCAAAUGAUAUUGGGAAUCAUAUCUAAAAUGUGUGCACAGAGGUUAUAUUGAAUCAUCCACAGAAGUAAAGUAAUUUCUAAGAUAGAACCUACUGACUCCAUAAGUUGUACAGGGAGUGGAAGGCUGCGUCUAUUAGCAGUAGAGGAGAUGCAUAUAAAUUGGACCAUUAAUUUAAAGCAGUCACAGCCUAGUUUUCAGAGACCAAGAAAUAAAAAUGCAGUUGUAUUUACUGUUUACUUGUAAAUGUUAUCUUCUCCUAUAAUUUUUUGAGUUCUUGUUUUAAUUUAACCAAUAAUUCUAGGCGGCUGUUUGCAGCUACUGGUCACCACUCUGUGACAGAAUUGGGGAAGGACUCACUUUUUCAACAGUGAUUUAAACUACCUCGUGGAUCCUGUGUGUGUGUACACACAUGCACACACACUUAGUGUAAAUGUGCAUAUCUAGUGUUGGGUGGAUUUUAAGGUCAGCAUUAAGCAUAUGAUUUUUAAAAUCAUAUUAUUUAACCCACCAAAUGAACAGGGUCCCCGGCAAUAUUACUACCAAAUCCUUUUCUUCUUCUAAACUAGCAUCUGAACUCAAUAGGUAUAUACAAAGGCCCUCUGUCCGUGUUCUGGGCAACAGUGGUGGUUAGUGCCCAGCUGGCUAUCACUGAGCACCUAGGUGUGUUCUCGCUGCAGCACCCACAGUCCCCAAAGUUAGGGGCUUGGGGUCGUGUUGGGUAAGUUCAGAGCUCUCAGCACUGCCCCUGUGAGGUGGCCAGCUGGGGGCCAGGCCGGGGCAGCUGUCACAGGUGCAGGAGCGGGGCCAGCAGCUCCCCCACUUUGCUGAAGAAACUGUGGGGAAUGUUUGCCUGUCACACAGUAAACAUGCCUGUUUGUAAUCUGAAGCUUGGCCACAGGAUCUAUGCUUUUUCCAGCUUUGCUAAACUGUCUCAGAUAGCUCUGAACGGGAACCUGAGUGUAAAUAAAGGUUGGUAUUUCCCUCCUAA